GAGGGAGAGAGAGAGGCAAAUGCUCCCCAGCUGUUUCCUGUCUACAGUGUCUGUGUUUUGUAGAUAAAUGUGAGGAUUUUCUCUAAAUCCCUCUUCUGUUUGCUAAAUCUCACUGUCACUGCUAAAUUCGGAGCAGAUAGAGCCUGCGCAAUGGAAUAAAGUCCUCAAAAUUGAAAUGUGACAUUGCUCUAACAUCUCCCAUCUCUCUGGAUUUCUUUUUGCCUCAUUAUUCCUGCUCACCAAUUCACUUCCAGACUUUGUACUGCAGAAGCAAUGGGAAAAAUCAGCAGUCUCCCGACUCAAUUAUUUAAGUGCUGCUUCUGUGAUUUCUUGAAGAUGAAGACACACAUCAUGUCUUCUUCACACCUCUUCUACCUGGCACUCUGCUUGCUCACCUUCUCCAGCUCUGCCACAGCUGGACCAGAGACUCUCUGUGGGGCUGAGCUGGUGGAUGCUCUUCAGUUCGUGUGUGGACCAAGGGGCUUUUACUUCAACAAGCCCACAGGCUAUGGCUCCAGCAUUCGGAGGGCACCUCAGACAGGCAUUGUAGACGAGUGCUGCUUCCGGAGCUGUGAUCUGAGAAGGCUGGAGAUGUACUGUGCCCCGCUCAAGCCUACAAAAUCAGCCCGCUCUAUCCGUGCCCAGCGCCACACUGACAUGCCCAAGACUCAGAAGGAAGUACAUCUGAAGAACGCAAGUAGAGGAAGUGCGGGAAACAAGAACUACAGGAUGUAGGAAGAGCCUACAAGAAGCAGAAACGAUGAGUCACUGCAUGACCCUUUGAUCUACAUUAACAACCUGCAAACAUUGGAACACCUAUCAAAAAAAUUAACAAUAAGAUGAAUAACAUUUCAAAGAUGGGCAUUUCCCCCAAUGAAAUACACAAGUAAACAUUACAACAUGGUCUUUAGGAGUGUUUGUUAAAAAAAAAACAAAAACAAAAACUUUGCACCUUGCAAAAGUGGUUCUGGAGUGGGUAGAUUGCUUUUGAUCCUUUAUCAAUAACGUUCUAUAGAGAAAAAGUAUAUAUAUAAUUAUAUCUCCUAGUCCCUGCCUCUCAAGAGCCGAAAAUGCAUGGGUGUUGUAUAGAUCCACUUGCACUAAAUUCCUCUCUGAAUUUUGGCUGCUGAAGCCAGUCAUUCAGCAACUGCGUAUAAGUGGUUUAUGAAUUACUCUCUUACUUUUACUUUUCCCCACAUAGCUCAAGCUGCUUGUUUUACAGAGUUCAAUAAUCCUGUCUAUCUCCAUUAGCCCUGCCCUUUCCUACCAUGGGUAUUUGUUGAAUUUGGCCUCCUCAAAAGCAAUAGCAAGUAAGUAGUCAACUAGCCCACCAAGUUUUUACCCACCCGAUUCUGUCUGUGGCAUUUGUACCAAAUAUAAGUUGAUACAUUUAUUUUAGACAUAAAGCUUUAUUUUUCCACAUCAUGUUACAGGAAAAAAAAAUAGAAUGACAAUAACCGCAACUUUGAGGCCAAUCAUUUUUAGGUGUGUGUUUGAAACACAGAACGUCUCUUUGACUCUCCAUGCUUCUUUCAAAUGAUAAGUUAGUGUGUAACCUAAACAGCCAUUUCUCUCUUUUUUAUUUUUUCCAUAUAGAGCACUAUGUAAAUUUAGCAUAUCGAUAAUACAGGAUAUAUCAAACAGUA